AUGCGAAAAACGAAGAGCUUGAAGCUUGCGGCCCUUCUGUGUGCCUCGUUGUUCCACUGGCGCUGCAGCUUCUGCCUCGGCAACGCUUCGAAGUCGACGCUGACGGAGGAACUGGAGCAUUUCGCUUGGCCCUUGCUGCCAACUGCCGAAGACCGCGCUCGCAAAGAGGAGCUACUGCGACGCCUACACGCAGCUGCUGCGCAAGGCGUUGCCCAGCUUCGUGAGCCGCUGCGCAACCUCCGCGUGGUGCCCUUCGGCAGCUCGGUCAACGGCUGCGGCGAGCGCCACAGCGACGUGGACGCGGCGCUGUGGGGCGAGCCGCCGGAGGGCCGCCAGGUGCCGCCCUCGGAAGUCGUGAAGCGUCUGGCCGCCGCCGCGCCGUCCUGCGGGCUGACGGUGCUCGAGCAGCGUUUCGCGGCCAAUGUGCCGCUUCUGGUGGUGGGUUUCGUGGAGGAUGAGAACGUCACCGAUGGCAUCACGUGCGACGUUUCGGCCUUCCACCUGCUGCCGUGUUACAACACGCAGCUGCUACGCCGCUACGCGGCGCUGCUGCCGUCCCUGGCGACGCUGGUCCUGGCGCUGAAGCGCUGGGCCAAGCGGCGACGAUUGGCCAAGACCUGGGAGCACUACAUCUCGUCCUACAGUUGGACGCUGCUGAUGAUCUUCUUCCUCCAGGUGAAGCACGGCCUGCCGUCUCUCCACCAGCUGCUCCGGCGGCAGCCGGCGCCGCUGCCGCGGCGCACGGUCUACGCCUUGGACUUCGCAGAAGGUGGCGAUGCCGGCAGAGUGCGAGAGGAAGACGUAGGAGACCUCUUCCGCGGCUUCUUCCGCUACUACUCCGAGGAGUUCCGCUUCGAGGAGGACGUGGUCUCGGUACGCUUGGGUGCCGUGAGAGCAGCGACAGCGGCGGAGUUUCAUCCCAAGCUCUUUCGCUCGGUGCACAUUAAGAAAGGAAAGAGGAUCAGCGAAGACACGCCACCCUUUCUGAACAUCGAAGACCCCAUCGAGGUUCAACGCAAUCUCAAUUUCGCCUUGACGGAGGCAACCGCCUUGGAAAUUCGCAGUGCCUUGCGCCAGACCCACGCAGAUCUCUCCGCCGGCGCCACCCUCCGCGACGUCCUCGGCGACGUUCCACGGCAUGACGCCUCGGUCUCGCCGUCGGCGGAGAAUUUCCUGGCGCUGCCAACGCUGGCGGGGACGGCGGCGCGCUGCUUUCGCUGCCAACGGAAAUUCGGAAGUUACAAGGCAUUGUUGAAACAUCAAGCGCCCAUGAGGUGCAAGUAUCCCUUCUCAUGCGCUUGUGGCCGCGGUUUCGUCACCGCAGAGGACUUGCAACGGCACGUCAACGGUGCGCAUGGGGGACAGACCCCAGUGUUGCGGCGC